GACCACAAGGAUGUCGAUCUAAGCAAUCUAAACAAAUGAAAAAUACUAAGUGGAUUAGACUUUAUGGGGAGAUUGAAAAUCGCACUGAUGAUUAUAAUCAAUCUUACCCAUAUAUAAAAAAGAGUGAAAAAACAUCUAAUUUAAUUAAUUAUUUACAAGACAAGCAUAGAAUUACUAAAGCAAAUUAUCUAGAACAUCUAGAUAUUGAUAGUGAA